GCACGAGCAGUGCCGUGGAGAGCGCAAAAUCAGCCAGGAGCACUUUCGCCCUGACCAAGCUCAAGCGCUCUGGGACCGCUGAACUCAUUGACCAGCGGUUAGCGUGGCUGCAGAUGUGGGACCCCUCAGGCAGAUUCAAGCUUGCAUGGGAUGGCGCAUCCAUCCUAAUGGUCCUGCUAGAUGCCUUCACCAUGCCGGUUUCUCUGGCUUGGGAGAUUGACGCUGGAUGGGAGGAUGUUGGUACGACAUUUUUGUUGAUCACAUUCUGGACAACCUUCUUGUUCUGGAUGUCUGACGUCUUUGUCACCUUCAAUACUGCCAUUUUCCAAAAUGGGAGCCUCACGAAAAAGAGGUCCGCAGUGGUCUGCGAGUAUUUGAAAGGGUGGUUUCUCUUCGAUCUGACACUGGUGACGCUGGAUGUUUUGACAGCGACCCUGCAGACGAGCCGGCGUCUUAGGGGAUCCGGGAAUUCAGUGCGUCUGGCCAGAGCGCUUCGUCUGCUGCGACUGAUCAAGAUGUCCAAGUUCAACCAGGUUUUACAGGAGGUGGCAGCCUCGACUGGUAGACAAUGGAUGAUCUUGGUCAUGGCUAUCACCAACACCUCGGCAUUGAUUCUGGUAGUCGCGCAUAUCCUCACCUGCGCAUGGUAUGGUGUGGGGAAGUUGACGCAGAACCGCGGCCAAAGAAGCUGGAUCGACGAAGCCGAAGCCCUUUCUGUGCCAGGAUGGGUUCAGUACCUGCAUUCUUUCCGCUUCAUACUCAACAAUCCCUCUCCAGCUCCCCUAGCGCCAGAGAGUGACGUGGAGCGAUUGGUCGACAUUUUCAUGUACAUCUUUUGUCUCGUCAUCAUCGGAACCUCGAUCUCGACAAUAUCCAGCACAUUAGCUGAAUUGCGGGCGAUGAACGAGGAGAACGAUCGGCAGAGGAGAGAGAUUCGGGUUUAUCUGACGAACCAGAACGCGCAGUUCGACCUUGUCUCUCGAAUUAUGAAAUUCGUGGACUACAAGCUCGAGAAGAUGUCGCCAACCAAUUUUGACAGCUCUCUGAUAUCCAGCACGCUCCAGACGGAGCUGUACGUUGGUCAAAGGAGCGCUUUCCUAUCACCUAUGCCAAUUUUCCUUCUGACCGAGGAGGCGUAUCACGAGGUCUUUGCAGGGGCUUGUGCGGCGCUCAAGAAGGACAUUUAUGAGACUGGCGAAGCAGUCUUCAGCGCAGGAGGCUUCUCGACGGCGCUUCACAUCACUACGACAGGAAGCUACAAGUUCUGUGACUUCAACAUGUCAGAGGAGGAGUUGGAAGGAGUGCACUGGUUUGAGGAGUUGAGCUUGUAUGCCGAGGUCCUGCUGCAUCGGACUACGCUGACUGCGCUGACCUUUGCAGAGCUGUUCACCUUGGCUGGAAACGACCUCGCAGAAUGCAUCCGAAAAUCGCCAGGCUGCACUCGAAUGUUCUGCGAGUACGCGAAAGAGUUCGUGGGCGCCAUGCAGAAAGCAAACGGUGAAAUGACCCACCAGGACCAGGUCAUGCUGUCCGACAGAUGUUGCAAGCAGAACCAGGUUUAUCAGAUCUUGUACCCAGAUCCCAGGACCAUGUUGGAAAAUAUUGACAUCGUAGGAGAGGGCCUCCUGGAAGAAGACGAUGAGUCUGCAGAUCUGGAUGAAGAAUCUGCUGCAGAACUGGCUGUUAGCAAAAAGCUGAGCAAGGAGCACAGCCCGCUCACACCAACAAGUGGCAGUGGACGGGAAGUGCCCUUCCCCUCCAUGCGGCCCAUGCGAAACAUGGUCCCGUUGAUGUCGCGAAAUGGUGGGCUCGGAUCAUUCGUCCGAACUGUCAUUGACUCCUCUUUGGCCAUGGAGGUGGACUACCUUUGUCGGAGGCUCCAGACGGUCAUCCCAGAGCUUGACUCACAGACAGGAUCUCACGUGGUGCUGAAGCAAGCCCCUGAGAGAGAUCGGGCUGAGUCGUCCUGCAUCUCGGUGCUGGCCCUAGUCACCGGCAAGUAUGAAAUCUUCACCAAGCCGCAAGCUCCACAAGCAAAACUGCGGCCAGAGCAGUGGUAUCAGCUGCGUGACAUCAUCCGCUGGAUUAAUCCAUCAGAGGAGCAGAUGCACUCCGUACUGGUCCUCUUGGCCAUCCGCGCUCUUGGAAAGUCCAAGGCGAUGCUGAACCAGCUACCGAAGCACCAGAGGCGUCCAGAGCGCGCUGUGCUGUACCUGAUGGAGUUCCACGAAAAUGUCGUGCCGUCUGCCACGCGACUGGAUGACGAUGGUCUGCGUCGUGUGAGGAAGGCCUUGCACGUGCACGAGACUUUCAAUCUGGCACAGAUGCUGCAGGGCGAGAACAUCCCUGGAAAUGUGAAUCAGCUGCAGGAGUUGAUCCUCAGCUACAAGGAGGAGGGCAAAGAGGUGUUCCGCUUCUACAUCCUCUUCCUCCUUGGCUUCAUGAGUGGGCUAGCUUCUGGUCAAGGUUCUCGUUUCAUGAAUGCGACGAAUGCUCCGGCCGUCAUUUCUGGCAUCCAUAUGCUGCAGCAUCUGCUGGAUGCAACGGCGCAGGGCAUCUACUGGGGCUUCAUUGCAUCUCGCGCUUCGGCACUGCGGCUUCCACAGCGCACUGCCGAAGACUUUGUGCUUGUGCGCCUGGCGUGCCUGAGUCGCGUGCAGGAUGCUUCGGGGUACAAGGAGCUCCGAAGGGCCUGGGACAGCCUGGGUGCCAGAGAGCAGUCCUUCCUAGUGGAGCACUUCCUCAGCGAUGGUCUCGAGGAGAGAGCCCUGGUCCUGGAAUUCUUGCCUGCCUGCGUCGCCAACGCCAAGUCCAACAGCCUAGUGGGCCUCACAAUCCUUUUAGAGGUUCUUGUGGACCUCCUGAGCAACCUGUGGAUGGCGGUGGAUAACAUGGCAAACUUGAAGGGUGUAAAAAUGAUUGCAGUUGACUUGUCCGAGGACAUGGGUGAGUUCAUCGCUGCAGUCCAGAAUCGCUUCGUGUUCCAAACAUGUGUGUCCAGGUGCAAGUUCCACUCUGUGGAUGACCGAGUAAGAGUGGAGAUGACGGGCGGGAACUGGGGCCGAACCAACGACCCUGACACCGACAUGACCAGCUUAGCGUAUAUUGUCAAGGAUGUGCUGAUGAAGCAGCAAGUGAUGGAGUCCUCAGCACCCGACGUCGAGGACUUCGCAGUGACAGCGGAUGAUCGUUUAGACUGGCCUGGAGCAGCCGCCGACCAGGCGGCCAUCCGCCGAGUGGAGGAGUUGCAGCCGCUGUCUGCAAAGGUCUGUCGGCGGCACAAGGUUUUCCUGUCCCUUCUUCGAGGUCUGAUGCGGCUGGACCCCCAUUCACGGAUGGAUGCGGCGACUGGCGGCGCAUCAUCGUUUUUCUUGGGGGAGGUGCGAGAAUAA